CUCGCCAGACUCGCUCGGAACCCGGCUGGUCGGUCCCGUCAUUCCAGAACGAGCAACCAUGUGGACAGCACAGACAACCGUGGCGCUCCUGGCGGGUCUUACCGUCGUCUCCGGAUACACGGUGGAUGUCGUGGUACCGGAGGCCCCCGAAUUCGGCUCCCGAGUAGUGCUGGAAUGCAACUACCGUCUGGACAGGGGCGAGAGGAUCCAGGAGCUGACCUGGGUCAAGGACAACCAGGUGUUUGUCACCUACCGUGACGGACAGCAGGCCACGUUCACGAACAUUCCCGGACUCAAUAUCGAUGAGGUGAACUCUUCCCAGCGUCGCGUCAUCCUGACUGACGUCCAGGACUCGGCCUCUGGCGUGUACGGCGUGCGCAUGUCGAUCGCGGUCGACAGCGCCGGCAGCACCAACGUCAACACGUUCGUCCACAACCAGGACAUGACCGUGGGAGGCGCGGCCGCCGACACGCUCGGUAACCGUUUCGGCGGCGGCUCGCAGCGUCGUCCCGUCUCCAGCGGCUCCACCGUCAUCACCAGCUCGUCCAGCAGCUCGUCCGGCAGCUCGGGCCCCGUCGGCGGCGGCCUUGGCAACCGCUUCGGGGGCAACCGCCCGGACCCCGCCGGCAGCGGUGCCGCCGGAGCCACGUCCUUCGCGGCCGAGGCGCCCGUCGGAGCCGCUCAGCCCGUGCCGCCGCCCGGCCAGUCGUUUGCCGAGAGCGCUGCUGCCAGCGGCCUGGCCGCUGCUCAGGCUAACCUGCAGAACGCUGUGAACCAGCUGCAGAAUGCGCUGAACGCUGCCCUCGCCGGCUGAGAAGUGAUUGAGAUUCUGUCGACGCGAGGGGACGCGAGGCAAACCCCCUCGCGAGUCGACGCGAGGGGAUGGGGAUUUUUUUUAGGCCGUGGAAGACAUGAGCAGCGGGACACGAGCUAUACUGAUUAGGGUUAUCAUUCUUAGAUGCUUGUCUUUAUGUUAAAUGUUAAGGGCAUACGUGAGGUGACGUUAUUGUGAGAAGGAACACUUACUGUACACAUUCCAGCCCUGGACAAUCGGUGCAGCUUCAUUGUUAUCCGCAUAGACACUACAGUUUUAAAUGUGAAAAUAAAUGACAUAAAUGAAAA